CGAAAUCUCUCGGACCUACGCUCUAUUUUAAUUAUUACCUCUGAAUUCUCUGCGACGCCACGGUGUUAGCAAAGUGCACCGUUCGUUCGAGGUUGGUACUUAAUGGAUAUUCCAAACGCCUCGGAGAUAAAGGCACGAAAACGGAAACGAAGAGCUGUGCUCUCUUGCAACGAUUGUCGGCGUCGCAAACUUAAGUGUGACCGAGAACUCCCGUGCAAUAGAUGCAUUAAUGGCGGGAUUUCCAACGCUUGUGCCUACGGGCGUUCAGAACAAGAAACCAGGUGGUUCAUAGAGGACGCAGAAGCCGUAAAAUCUGGGCAUGGGCUUGAUCAGACUCAAUUGAAUCAGGAUGAGCGUCCUGCCGGAGGAUACAACUCUGCAAUCAGCCCUGAUGAUGCAACAUUGAAUGAAGGGAAGCAAUACUUGUCCCAAAACGAGAAGUGGGAUGGCGCCGAGCUGCUAGAGCGACGUAUUGCGUCUCUAGAAGCACAAUUAUCAUCGCUCUCUAAUACCCAUGCCCUUCGAAUACCAUCAGCAACCAACCAGCCACUUCCUAUACCAGGUUCCGAGGAAAAUGUCGCUUUGCCGGGUCUGUUCAAAGGGCGCGGCUAUUGCACCUUCGCAUAUGGUCCAACAAGUCCUACGACCAUUGUCUUCAAUUUUCCUCAAUUAAGCCCGUUCAUGAAGAGCGUAUACCCAAAUUCUACCCUAGCUCGGCUGCGAGGGGACAUGCAAGCGUUAGAGGAGCGAGCUCGGUUGAGCAAUGUCGCUCCCAGAGUACUUACUGUUCCAUACCUUCGCAGCCUUUUGCCAGACCGUACAACUGUUGAACUAUUGACCAAGCGGUAUUUCGAUACGUUUGAAACGACUUACCGAAUUAUUCACAUCCCAACAUUCUGGGCUGACUUCCAGACGUUUUGGGAUUCGCCUCCAGGGUCGGACUCGGAUAUGGAAGCUGUUCUGCUUGCAGUUUUAGCAUGUGUUCUUUGUACUUCCACGCAUGAAAGCACGAAGUACAACCCCAGUGGCUCCAACUUUCGCAGCAAAGCGAUAAUAUGGAUCAAGGCUUGCGAGGCAUGGUUGAAGCGGCAAAGCAACAAACAUAGAACCCUAGCCACGCUCCAAGUCCGAUGCCUGCGACUACUAGCAAUUAAAACAACAUGCCUAAAGACGAAGGAAUUCUACCAAGAAGUCCAGGCACACAUGGGAUUUAUGAAAGCGAUCGGAUUCCACAGGGACCCCUCAGUUCUGGGGAAUAAGUGCUCCGUGUUCGAAGGGGAGAUGCGGCGCAGACUCUGGGCUACGACUUUGGAGCUAGAGAUACAAGCUUCGAUAGACAGAGGCACACCUUCAAUCCUUUCGAGCCUCGAUUAUGACUGCACCCCACCAACUAAUAUAAACGACUCUGAUAUUCAUAAGGACAUUGUACAGAUACCCGAGUCACUACCUAUGGCUGUCUUUACUGAUACGUCCUUCCUGCAUUGCUUAACUCAAACUGCUGCUCUCAGGAUAAAACUUUGCAAAUUGACAAACAGCUUGCGCUGCAGUCUCGACUUCCCAGAUAUCCUUCAAUACGAGCAGGCUGUUCAAGAUGCCCUUGAAAAACUCCCGAAAUGGUCUGAUCCUAGAUCGCUACAAGCCUGGACGCACUUGGACCUUCACUUGCGACAAUUCCUCGUCAUCUUGCAUACCCCGAGAGUUCUACAAACCCCACUUCGAGCAAGGACUACCUUCCGACUUUCACUAUUGACUGCGCUUGAAUCAUCUGUGACCCUAAUUGAGCGGCACACUAACUUGGUGGAUUCAGGAAAUUUUGCUCUUUGCUGUAUCAGAUCUGACUACUAUCGCGCCGCACUUUUGCUCUGUCACAUUGCCUAUCAUGCCUGCGGAACCCAAAAUGAAUUUCUCUUGCGUAUCGUCAAGUUAGUCUUUGAAGAUGCCAUAGAGAAAGCCUUGCGUCUUCAAGAGGAGAGUUCCAUGCGGCCUGGUCGAGGGAGCCAUCAGUACUGGUACCUCAGCGCAGCAGCCAGUCUUGUUCAAACCAGGUUCGAGCCUGAGCAUGAAGCUGUUCUCCGAAUGCAGGUCACAGACCGGAUUUCAAAGCUGUUCUACAAGAUUCUCUCCCUGCAGGAGGAUCAUGGUGACGAAUACUUGGCGAAUGAGGUAAUUCUCAGCAAUGGUUACCCAGCUCCGCAAGGUGAAGCUCCCGAAACUUCUACCUUUUCGUCAGAUACUUUUACGAGUGGCAGACUGGAUUCGUUUGAAUUCCCUGACACAUCUGAGUGGCUGUUGGAUGAUUUUUGGUCUCUCAAUGACUUCCCGCUCCUUCCGUUCGGCAAUUAAAUCUAACUAGCGGCUUUUGUGUGCAUAUUUUGUUGGAAUAUUAGGUGCACAUGAAUUUGAUCUCUCUGUCAAAUCAGUUCCCUCGAGCCCCAACUCUCAGAUCGCUUAUGAAGAAUGCGCAUCUUUAUGUGGCCAUAGAAGAUGGAAAUGUGUAUCCAUGGCCCACAACUUCGGUUUUGAUCACGAUUUAGGUGCUUCCGAU